AUGGACAUUCUGGCUGACAAAGAAACCGGCAUCUUGCGCCACACUGUGCAGGUGGUGCAGGUACAUGAGCAGGAUAUCAAUGAUGAUAUUGUGGUUGAUGCCAACGCUGGUAAUGUCGACAGCAACUUGAAGCUGGCGCCGGAUGGCCAUACCGUACUUGUUCCUCAACCCUCGGACGACCCGAAUGAUCCUCUCAACUGGUCUUCCACUAAGAAGCAUGCUGUGCUCAUUGUCCUCUCCAUCACCGCCGGUCUGGGGGACUACAGCUCUGCGGCUGGUAUUCCCUUGAUCGUGUCCCAGGGCCUGGAAUGGAACAAGACGCCCGCAAAGGUCAAUGAGACUGGUAACCUGAACGUUCUCAUGGUUGCCAUCGGCGGACUCUUUUGGAUCAUCGUCUCUACAUGGUGGGGUCGUGGCCCUGCCCUCUUCUGGUCUACCCUCACUGGCUGCGUCUUCACCAUCGCCUGCGCCGUAACCCACAACUACUCGGUCUACUACGGCUUCCGCGUGUUGAUGGGCUUCAGCUUCUGCGCUUUCCAAAUCGUAGGUCUGGCCUGCAUCAAGGACAUGUUCUACUUCCACGAGCACGCCCGCAAGAUCGGCAUCUGGACGUACGGCGUCUUCCUAACACCCUACCUCGCACCCAUGUUCAGCAACUUCAUCAUCGCGGGCACGCAUGGCAGGUGGCGCGUAGCCUUCUGGCUUGUCUUUGCCGUCGGCGCCCUCGAUAUGAUUUUGAUUUUCCUGAUAUCGGAUGAGACAUACUACGACCGCACGAUCCCACGGGAAAAACAGCCUCCCCGUCCGAAGACGUUCACAGGCCGCAUGUCCCGUCUCGUCGGCAUCUGGCAGAUCCAGAACCACAGCGCAGCUGGCUUCCAACACUUCAGCCACGCGGUGACCCGCCUUGUUAAGACAUUCCUCAAGCCCAUCAUGAUCCCCUGCAUGAUCUACUACGCAAUGACAUUCAUGUGGGUCGUCGGCAUAAACAUCACCUCCGCCAUCCUCCUGCAGACCCCCCAAGCCUACGGCGGCUACGGCUUCGACAACAACGCCAUAGGCUACCUUCUCUUUGCGCCGCUCCUCGCCGUCACCAUCGGCGAGUUGUCGGGCCACUUCUUUAACGACCUGAUUGCGCGCCGCUACGUCAAGCGCCACAACGGCGUGUUCAAGCCUGAAGCCCGCCUGCUCAUGAACCAGCUUGUAGUUCUGCUGAUGGUGCCAGGCCUCGUGCUCGUAGGCCAGACGCUGGAAAAGCACCUCAGCUAUGCGGGCAUUAUCAUGGGCUGGGGAAUGUACGUUAUUGGAAGUAUGCUGGCGAGUGUGAGUUUGACAGCGUACUGCCUCGACAGCUACGGCAGUGCUAGUUCUGAAGUUGCGGGGUUGUUAAACUUUGCGAGGGUUGGUGCUGGGUUCUCCGUUGGGUACUUCCAGAAGCCGUGGGGUCAGGCUCAUGGGUAUGGCCAGUCGUUUGGGAUUCAGGCUGCUAUCGUCGCUGCUGCGUCUAUCAUUAUUACGCUGCUUCAGAUUUACGGUGCGCGUAUGCGUGCUAGAGGUGGACCGGUUGUGUAA